UUGCAAUGGCAUGAUCGAAAGAAAGGGCAAGAGAAGAACAAGGACACGAGCAUCAGCACGUGUCAUGAGUCAUGACCGGACGAAGUAUGUUCGGUCACUGCCUCACUGGACCGAUCCGCCCGGUCGUCCGCUCGUCCUUCUCACCGUAACUCGAACAAGCGGCGAGAGGCAGAGGAACUGAGAGGGAGAAACGCCGGCCAGCGCUAUGGAGCGAGCGGAGCAAGAGCAAGAAGCCGAGAAGCCUCUCCUGGUAACGUUGGCCGGGAGCAGCGGUGAUGGCCGUCACAGCGCCUCCUCUUCCUCUUCUUCGAUCGCGGUGGUGGUCGCUAGCACCGCCGUCGCCGUCGCCGGGUCCUUCGAGUUCGGCGUCUCGGUGGGCUACUCAUCGCCGUCUCAGCUGGGCAUCAUGCGUGAUCUCCACCUCUCCUUAGCCGAGUACUCCGUCUUCGGCUCAAUACUGACCAUUGGAGCAAUGCUGGGCGCUAUUGCCAGUGGCGCCGUAGCAGAUCGAGUCGGUCGAAGAUGCGCAAUGGCGAUAUCAGAUGUUCUCUGCAUACUUGGAUAUCUCUUGAUAACCUUUUCCCAGAAUUAUUGGUGGCUUGACAUUGGAAGGCUGUCCACCGGAUGUGGAAUUGGCCUUCUUUCAUAUGUGGUUCCAGUCUAUAUAUCAGAGAUAACACCAAAGAAUCUUAGAGGAGGCUUUGCAGCUGUAAACCAGUUUAUGAUAUGCUGUGGAGCGUCGCUUGCGUAUGUUCUGGGGACCUUUACCACCUGGCGUACCUUGGCAAUCAUCGGAGUGCUACCAUGUUUACUGCAGCUGUUUGGCCUUCUUGUGAUUCCUGAAUCCCCCAGAUGGCUGGCUAGGUUCGGACACCCAGGUGCAUUUAUGGCAGCACUACAGAAGCUAAGGGGAAAAGGAACUGAUAUCUCUGAAGAGGCAUCAGAAAUCAAAGAUUUCACAGAAAAGCUCCAGUGCCUACCAAAGUCGAAGAUGUCGGACCUGUUUCAGAAGGAUUCUAUUCAUGCUGUUACAUUCCAUGGUCAGGUUGGAGUUGGGCUAAUGGCCCUUCAACAGUUUGGGGGAGUAAAUGGCAUUCUCUUCUAUGCCAGCGAAAUAUUCGUUUCGGCCGGUUUCUCGUCAGGAAACACAGGAAUGCUUGCCAUGGCCUCUGUCCAGGUUCCGAUGACGGGAUUAGGGGUGCUUCUGAUGGACAAGGCUGGAAGGAGGCCACUUUUGUUGGUCUCUGCAGCUGGGACAUGCUUGGGUUGCCUACUAGUUGGUUUGUCAUUCUUAUCUAAGGAACAGCACUGGGAAAAGGACCUGAACGUAGUGUUCGCUUUGGCAGGCCUUCUGGUUUUCAUUGGAUCUUUUUCACUGGGUAUGGGGGGAAUACCAUGGGUUAUAAUGUCAGAGAUCUUCCCCAUAAACAUGAAAGGAUCAGCAGGAAGCCUUGUGACCCUAGUAAGCUGGCUCGGCUCGUGGAUCGUCUCCUACACAUUCAACUUCCUCCUGAUGUGGAACUCUUACGGCACAUUCUUCGUCUUUGCAAGCGUUUGUGGGCUCACAGUUUUAUUUGUGGAGCGGUUAGUGCCAGAAACUAAAGGAAGGACCCUAGAAGAGAUUCAAGCCUCCAUGAACUCGUCCUUGACGCCCUUUCACAAAUGAUUUGCUUGUCUAGUUCAAAUAGCUUGUUCCACGGAUACUAGUAUGUUUGAUUGUUAGGCUUCAGUGGUUUAUCUGGGAUAGAUACUAUUGAUUGUGCUCAUAGAAGUUUGUAUAUGACAUUUUUCCGAAUAAUAUAUUCUGCAUAGUUGCAUGCUGGAUUACGAUCAAAGUGUCACACUCUAGCUCUACUCUCCUGGGAAAGGCAACUUCACAAAGGAUGUGGACACAUAGUUUAUCUCUUCUAUCUAUUUUUUUAAUUUGAUAUUCAUCUAUCCGUUAAUUCUUAUAUAUCAUUUAAUUUUUUUCCACCUAUCUUUUCAAGAUGAAUCUCUGAGCAAAUGAAUAC